CGAGUACGAAACAUUGACGCGAAAAACGGGAAACCGCACCGCCGUUUGCAGUUUACGGAGCAGAAGAGAGGAAAAAACAAAAACAAACCACCCUUUUUCGCCUUUCUUUCUUCCUUCUUCGCGAGUCUGCGACCUUGGUCGGAAAAUCAAAAUCGCUUCCCCGCAACCGCAUUAUCAGCUCUAAUGGCCGAACCAGAGACGUUAGCGGCGUUGAAGAGAGCUUACGCCGAUACUAUACUGAACACGACGAAGGAGGCGGCGGCGCGUGUGCUGUUUUCUGAGAAGAAGGCCCGUAGGUAUCAGCAAGAACUUAUGACGGUUAGAGAUGAAGCGCUCAAUACGUUGGUUAGGCUUAAACAGAUGUAUGAUUCCAAGGUCAAGGAGACAGAGAUGAUAUCCUUGAAGCAGCAACAAAAGGUUGAGGAACUUGAAGCUCAGCUUGGAGAAGCUGAAGAUAUUGUAGGAGAGCUGAGGAUGGAGUUGCGAGAGCUUCGUGAUGAGCUCAAGAAACUUACGAAUGGUCAGACACAUCUUCAAAGUGAUGUCGAGGAAGGUAUCUGUUGGAAAACCAGUGGUGCAGCAGUUUCCGUAGUGCCUGAGGUUUCUAGCAGUCACGAGAGAUCAGGAGAUGUAGGUUCUUGCAUCCCAGCUGAACAAAGUGUAUCGUUUGUGGCUAAUGGGAUUAAAAACGCAUCUUUGACUCGCGUAAAUAGCAUUAAGCGGUGUUCGUCCAAAGAUAACAUGGAUCGCUGUCACUACACUCUUCCGUCUAUACUGACAAAACGCAGGGAAGCUGAAGGACGCACUCAGAUGAUCCACGCAGUAGAUAGAUGUGUGGCCAAUGGAGUACUGUCUUCCUCUGUAGAAGUAGGAGGUGUGAAUGAUGAUGGAGUAUGUGUUCACAAAGUCUCGCCGUGUAAAAUUGUAGAGACCUUGGAAAUGUCUGGUUGUGCUGAUGCUAGUGACUCCAUGUCUUCUGUUAAAGAUGGAGAUGGAAAAGCUCCAAUGGUGUCUCAAAACUCCUCCCAGAAGGACUUGAAAACGUCUCUGAGGGAACAUGAAAGUGAUAGAAAGUCUGCGGUUGGCGAAACAGAGGCAGUGAAGGAAGACAAAGAGAGCUGUGAGGAUAUGGAGGUUUCGGCAUCUCCUUUGUGUGAAGAAACUCCAGCUUUGGCAGUUAAUAAAAACCGAUGUAUCAAGUACACAUUCAAGAGGAAGAGAAAGAAGGAGGCAUCAAGCAAUCUUGAAGAAGAUUCCUCCUUUGAGGAGAGCAAAAACAGGAAACAGAAGACUGGGGAGAAAGACGAUGGCUAUUUGGAAUCUCUGAAGCCUAGCUUCACCAGUGAGUCUUCUCUGGAUAGUCUAUGCGUAGCACAGAUGAAUCGGCAGCUUGUACCAUUCUCGGAGAAGAGCGGUUUUGCAGCAGAACUAGUCAACCAGUAGGAUCCUCCCUUGACUCGCAAGUAACCUUGAAGCCCUUAUCCAUGGUUGAUCAACAAAUCUAGCUUUAGCUUUAGUCGUAAAGUAUUCGUCUAAUACAAAUGUAUAAAACUAUUCAUGUUGCGUUUGAUUUUGAGUCAAAUUAAAGUUCAUGUGAUAAGGAUAGAUUGAAACUCUAGAUUCUUUCGCCUGGAUGGUCAAAGAGCUAUGAUUGUAUCUCUACCAUUUCUAUGUUUUACUUUAUGUAAAUAAUCUAACGAAGAACGGAAGUCUUAUUAUACAGUAUCAAAUAGUUUUUGGUCACUUGGUCAAAGUUUUUCAUGGAAAUUUGGACUAGGACCAUGGACCAUCGUCUGCU